UAAUAUACAAUCUACCCAAUCCAAAAUGCUGUCAGUCUCAGUGUCUGUCUGACUUUGGGCUGGUUUUAAAAUCACUUUCCCAUAUAGAAAAAAUGGGAUGGAAUCACAUAUAGUACAGUACAGAGUGCUACGUUAAAAAAAAAAAAAAAAAGUUUGGUUUCUUCUCAUUUCCUUGCUCUUUCUUCACUUGUUUUGAUCCCUUGACAGGGUUACACUGAGUUGUUUUGCACAGCUUUUAGUUUGUCUUUGCAAGACAGACCGAAAUACACAACCAAAGAGGAGUGUAAGUGUUUUUUAUUUAUUAAUAUAUAUUUUUUAUCUCAGAUUUCAGAGAACUGGCAGCAUGAACAGUACAGUACUGUGUUCUUCUUGGGAAGCAUUGUUUACCUUCAGGUGUAUUCUGCUUUUCUGAUCGCUCUUUCCUUCCAUUAUUUUUUUUUUUACCCCUGCAAAGUGACCCUGCUCAGUAACAACUUCACAUCUGACUAUGAAAAGAGUAAGAAGCUGCAACUUUUUUAUCCUGGAUGCUGGCUCAAUUUAAAAACAUGUUACCGGUCAGAAACACUGGCUCUGAAACCUUUGGCGUGAAAAAAUGAAAAGUCUUUUCAUCACAUUCAUGGUUUGAAUGGAGUGUUCUUUGGUGUUGAAGUUUUGAGGUGUGUCGGUCUCUGGUUCCUCCUGCCACUGUCUGCUGGGUUGAUCGGUGUCAUCACACUCACCUGUGUCUGUCAUUAGUCUCACUGGUGUCACCUGGUGUCCUGGUACAUAAACCUCACUCAGUCUUUGUCCAGUCAUUGCCAUGUUGGUCUUUGCUCAUGCCUUGUGUUCUUGCUCCUCUGUGAUCUGAUUGUUCCUGCCUAGUCCCUGAAUCCAAUCAUAAUUCUUGUAAUUAAGGAGACGAGUUUUCAUGUCACAAACACAUUUGGAUGAGAAUCCUAUUAACUCACAGCAACUAAAGAUGACGUUACCAUGGAAACAAAUCCUUCUGUUAUCAAUCACUGGAUGCCUUACAGUCUGUACACAGGAUGUCAUAUUUCAAGGGCCAAAAUGGAGGACAGAGCCAACCGGCCUAAUUUUACCAAUCAACUCCCCAGACAAGGAGGCUAUAAUCACGUGUGAGGCCGAGGGUACCCCUCCCCCUCAGUACAGAUGGUCACUAAACGGCACAGUCAUUGAUCUGGGGAAUGACUACCGGCGUCACUUGUCUGGAGGAAGUCUAAUCAUUACCAAACUGGACAAGGACCAAGACAGUGGGCUGUACCAGUGCACGGCCUUCAACACAUGGGGCUCCAUUAUCAGCCGCAAAGCCAGCCUCCAAUUUGCAUACCUUGAUAACUUCAAAACUCAAACAACGAGGAGUGCGGUGAAUGUCCGUGAAGGCCAAGGAGUCGUUCUCUUAUGCGGACUGCCUGCACAUUCUGGAGAACUGACGUUUGCAUGGAUCUUCAAUGAACUCCCUUACUAUGUCCAACAAGACAGCCGUCGUUUCAUCUCUCAAGAGACAGGGAGUCUGUACAUCGCCAAGGUGGAGCCCUCUGAUGUUGGAAACUACACCUGUGUGGUGAAUAACACCAUCUCAAAGGAGAAGGUGCUUAGUUCCCCAACGCCCCUGGUUAGGCGUGAUGGAGUAAUGGGUGAAUAUGAACCUAAAAUAGAAGUUCAUUUCCCUGAUUCUCUUCAAGCUGCUAAAGAAUCUUUGGUGAAGUUGGAGUGCUUUGCUCUGGGAAACCCUGUUCCAGAAAUAAGCUGGAGAAGAACUAGUGGUGUUCCCUUUCCGAGCAAAAUUAAAAUGAGGAAUUCAAAUGCCAUUCUUGAAAUCCCGAAUUUCCAGCAGGAAGAUGCUGGCACAUACGAAUGUAUGGCGGAGAAUCGACGAGGCAAAAAUGCUGCGAGGGGCCGUGUCACAUUCCAUGCUAAGCCUCAGUGGCUUCAGACAAUGGCGGACACAGCUUUGUCCAUCGAGGAAAACCUCUUCUGGGAGUGUAAGGCCAAUGGAAAGCCGAAGCCGUCCUACAGCUGGUUGAAAAAUGGAGAGCUGGUGAUUGCUGAGGGCCGGGUUCAAAUCGAAAAUGGAGUCCUUUCUAUUACUGUGUUGAACACGUCGGAUACCGGGAUGUAUCAGUGUGUGGCCGAAAACAAACAUGGAAUUAUUUAUUCCAGCGCUCAGCUAAUGGUGUUAGCUUCACCUCCCAGCUUCUCUAAAAGUCCACUGAGGGCCCUGCUAAAAGCCCGCUUAGGCAGCGAAGUCACUCUUGAAUGCAAGCCUCAGGCCUCACCUCCAGCAAUUAGCCUCUGGAAAAAAGGGAAUGAGAUCCUGCAGAGAAAUGAAAGAAUAACUCUGCUCCCCAAUGGAACAUUGAAGAUUGCCAAUCUCACAAGACAAGAUACUGGCAGCUACACAUGUGUGGCUAAAAACCAUUUUGGAACAGCCAGCACGACUGGGAGGCUGCUCAUCACUGAGCCCACCAGAAUCACCAUGAGACCCACUAACAUGGAGAUCAUUGUUGGCGAGAGCAUUGUGUUACCCUGCCAGAUUGCCUGCGAUCCAGCUCUGGAAGUGUCAUUCUCAUGGGCAUUCAAUGGUCAGCUCAUCAACUUCCAACAAGACAGCGAUCAUUACGAAAGAGUGGGCGGGAGUAUAUCUGGAGAUCUGAUGAUUCGUAACAUCCAGUUAAACCACGGGGGGAAGUACGUCUGUACCAUCGAUACUGAAGUGGAGAGCUUGUCGACCUCCGCAAUUCUCGUUGUCAAAGGUCCACCAGGUCCUCCAGACAAGGUGUCUGUGGAAGAGAUCACAGACAGCACAGCACAGCUUUCCUGGUCUCCCGGAAGAGACAACGGCAGCCCCAUCAUUGGUUACAUAAUUCAGGCUCGGACGCCUUUUACCGUUGGCUGGCAGGCCGUUGACACAGUCCCAGAGGUGAUCAACGGCAACAUGCUGACAGCCACAGUCUCAGGUUUGAAUGCCUGGGUGGAGUAUGAAUUCAGGGUGGUGGCUCGCAACAUUGUCGGUCUGGGAGAGCCCAGCCCGCCCUCAGCCAAGACCAGGACGGAGGAUACAAUUCCUGAUACAGCUCCCACUGAUGUUGGAGGUGGCGGCGGCACAAAGUCUGAACUGGUGAUAACAUGGGAGCCCGUGCCUGAGGAACUGCAGAACGGAGAAGGUUUUGGCUACAUCAUCGCCUUCAGGCCCGUGGGCACGGUCACGUGGACCAGAGCGAUUAUCUCCACCACCGGGGUGUCGCGCUAUGUUUUCCGCAACGACACUAUCCCGCCCUUUGCACCAUUUGACGUGAAAGUGGGUGCGUUCAACCACCGUGGAGAGGGGCCCUUCAGCUCUAUUACCACCGUGUACUCAGCAGAAGAAGUCCCCGGUGUAGCGCCUAAGAGCAUUAGGGCUCGGAACGUGUCUGCAGCACAAAUUGAAGUGAUCUGGGAAGCUCUGCCGGCCAUCUCUGAAAGAGUACUUGGAUAUGAGGUUGUGUACUGGGAAGACGACACCAAACCUGACACUAUUGGGAAAAUGCGUAUAAGUGGAAACUACACACUGGUGAACAUCACAGGGCUGAGAGCCAACACUGUGUAUUACCUCUCUGUGGCUGCUUUCAAUACUGCUGGCCCGGGGCCACAGUCAGCACCCAUCAACGCCACCACAAAGAAACCACCGCCGGAUCGUGCUCCACUCAAUGUACAAUGGACCAUGACUGGCUCCACACUCACACUGCAGUGGGACCCUGUGGUCCCCAUGGAGACGGAGUCAAAGGUCACUGGAUAUUUGGUGCUGCUGAAGAGGCAUCGCUACAAUGACAUCAGCACAAUCCCGACCAACAAGACCACCAUAGAGCUCAGCCUCUCACCCAAUGACAACUAUCUCAUUCAGAUAAAGGCCUGUAGUGACGGUGGAGAAGGAGUGGGGAGCGAACCCAUCCACAUCCACAAAUUAAGAAUGGGAGCGCGAGGCUCAGGAGCGAGCGCCCUCAGCUCAUGGCACCUCUCUGCACUCCUCAUCAGCGCUCUUCUCAGCUCUGCCUGGUGAUGUCUAAUCAGAGCUUGCAGAGUGCUUACCCACCCCCCCCCCCCCCCCACCCCACUUGUCCCUUCAGUCAGCCUGUCCUUAUGAGCCGUGCGCUGGACUCUUACACUGAAGCCAGGGCAAGAUAAAAAAAAACAAAAACAGUAAAAAUAAAGACUGAACUGCAUCAAAACUGUAAGGGACCACACCGCUUCUUUGGAAAGGACCAUCUGAUAGGGUUGUGAUAUUUGUGUGCAUGAUAUGUUUUGGUAUCCUUUAUGUUCCACCAUCGGAAGUGCCACUUUAGUCCAGCUUUUGUCCAUAUGAUGUAAUUUUUUGAGUAUUUCUGCAGAUGCUAAUGCCUUAAAAUCAAAAUUUUCUCAUCCAGUCUGUACCAAAGUAGGUGAGAGAGACUGCUUCAUUCAUAGUUCCUUUGAAUCUACAGUAGUGUUUUGUUUUGUUUGUUUGUUUUUCAGAGCUAAUGCAUUGCGUAUAUUGCGUAUAAUUUUUAGGUGAAUUUUUAACAAAACCAGCUCCAAAACCGUACUCUUCAGUCAACAUUCAUUUUAGCAGUUUACACUCAGCAGGCACCAUUACAGUCAUGAAAAAUGCAAAGCAAAUUGAUCAACUGUGCCUCCCGCUGACUAAUCUCUGAACUCUGACAUAAAAUUGCUCUGUCCGAGAGCCACAUGCUCCUCGGCUUUAGUCUAACACAACGUUCUUUGACCGAUCUUGGCAUUCUGCGCUCCUCUAAAUAAUUGAUGCCUCUCUCGCACUGCUUUCUCUGCCCAUAGUCUGAGGUGGGGGAUUGCAGAGAGCACAGAUGCAGUGUUAUUAUGUCAAACAAAUCCCACACGUCCUGGUCCGUCCCUACAUUUCGAUGACCCACGCUCCACAUACACGUGUCAUAUCACAGAACGUCCACCAUCCUCACCUCAGAUGACCAGCUUGUGCACAACGGACUACAGGUUGUCAGUGCCUUCACUUGAGCUACUUUUCUCUCCUAAUGUUCUUGGGAGAAAGACAGAUUUGGUGGAGAGAAAAAAAAGGAGGCAGUUUUUAAUUUUGCUUUUGAAAAGUGUGAUUAAAAUUUCAUAGAGACAAGUAAAACAGAGCACAUCAGACAAAAUGGUUGGGAAGCUUUAGUAAAAACAGAGAAUUUUACACUGUAGUGGACACUUGUGGUGUAAUAAAUGCACAAUUUCCAUCCAUGGUUUUUAGAUAUUUGAUGCCAUCAUGUUGAGGAAUAGCACCUUGGCUAGGGUGAGUGAAGGACGGGGCAGUCAUUCAUUCAUUUCCCUAAUGUCAUUGUAAAUCUGUGGACACAUAUUUGAUUGAAUGGUGACCAACAAGAAUUGCAGCAGUGUUGUAAAUUACUUUCUACACCCUGUCACGUCCAAGUGGAGGAGUUUACUCAGCUGGACUGCUUCGUACUGCCGUGCCUUUACUGAACAUGUGGUUGUGUACGGUCAUUCGUUUGGAGGCUGUCGUUGUUGUCUGUAGUUUGCACCCUUUCACUCCCACCACUCGCCACCGAACCCCACUACUAAGUCUAAUUAUAGCACAAGCAAUUGAUGCAAGGUGACUGGGUGUCCUCACUUAGCCAUCUGGACAGGUGUGCGGCCCCCAGAGGACCUUUAAAUGGUUCAAACGGCCGACAUAAUCAGGCUGUCCUAUCUGCUCCUGGACUGGUCUCACGGCGUUCUUUGCUCGUUGACUGGAUCGCUGCAGACCAGUCAAUGGGAUAUUGAUUUUCCUGCCCCAUUAUUACAGCUGCCACAUUUCAGCUGUUAGAUUGACUGAUGGCUCAUCUGUGUUUCUGAUGUCCACUCCACAGCCACAAGAAUUGAAAGGUUUUCCUUUGUACUAGGUAUUUUUUAAUGAAUAACUUUUCAUGGAUUUCACAGGAAUUUUGUGGUGUAGUGGCGGAUUGUGAAUUUGAAUUGAAUUAUUGACCUAAAUCUGAUUGGUUGGUUGAUUCUGUGAUGUAAUUCAGUUCAGUAAUACAGUAUUUAUUUUCUCUCUUAAUGUUCUUAUGGAAGCCCAGUUACACCAGGAUUAAAAAAGAUCCCACAGAAAAGUGAAGAAUUCUGACAUCCCUAAACUCAGUCAAGUGGUGGACAACAUACUGUGUUGUUUAACAUGGCAGCUCUUUAAUCAGGUAUUUGUUCCACACAGGACUUUUACCACCAGUCAGACAGAACUGAAAAGAAAAAAACAUUACAGGCCAAAGGUGGAAUGUUUCAAUUAAAACAACUUUUUCUUUUUACUAAAUUCUUAGUAUCAGCACAAACUGUGGUGACGAUCUGAAGGACUAACAACUUCUAUGGAAACUUAACUUUAUAUUAUUUAUUUAUAUGUGAUCUUUUCAACCUUUCCACUAUUACCUAACUGUACUUGUAUAUUUUUAAAGUCAGUAAUUAACAGUAAGAAAUUGAAAUGGCAGCCUUACCAGGAUGCAUCUCAACCUGAUAGCAAUGCAGGUCCCGUAAAACCCAGAACAAGAUUAAGGGAUAGAAGAAGAACGAGUCUGAUUUGUUUUAAUUUUUUUUUUGUGGAUAGGCUUCUGUUUUGUCCCUGAUGUUGUGACUGUGGCCAAAAGUGUCCAAUUGAUUUAUUUACCAUUGACAUUGAAAUUAAAAGACUUUGGGUCAUUUUAGAUUAGAAGGUUGUUAUUGUUACAGUACAGCGCUUCAGUGUGUGACUGCUCAGAGCUUUUGCUUUUGCCUAAAAAAAAUUGCGUACAAUACAGUUUAUGUCUUUGAAAAGUACAGGUGCAGGAAGUGAGGAAGGCAGAGUGGAGACGCCGCCUGAAGUACAACAUUACAAAACUGUCCACAACAUUACACUGAAGUCUGUGGUUGUUGUUUGUAGAAAAGAGUAAGCCGUCGAAGUGUACAUAGCUUUCAGAUAUUUUUUUAAAUGUGGCCAUCAAAGACGACCUUAUUGCCUUUUACAGUGUGUUCUGAACCUUAAUACUUGGGUAUUAAUCCACGAUCUCUGUGAGAUACUGACAUGUAGAUCAAAGUUUUCAUAUUGAAAAGUAACUGUUUUGUCUUGUAUACUAAAAUUGUGCAUGUUAAUAAUUGUUGGUGAUUUUGUGUUGGAUUUUUUUCUAAAGCUACACCUUAAUUAAAAAUGUUUAUUCCAGU